AUGGUCAAGCUAAAUUAUGAACGAGAUUACUACGGUGAUUUGGAUCUGCCGCCGAACGCAGAUGCUGCCGAUGUCAAGAAGCAGUUCAAGAAGCUCGCAUUGAAGUUCCACCCGGACCGUAACCCUGGCAAGGAGGAUGAGGCUAAGGAAAAGUUCCUGGUUAUCCAAGAGGCUCACGAGAUUCUGUCGGACCCCACCAACAAGGCCAAAUUCGAUGGCUACCGCCUGCGAACCGCGAGCGCGAGAUACUCGGGAGCCUCGGGCGUGAGGGGCAAUCCCUGGCAGAACACCGCGAACGAAGUCAACUCGAGAUAUGGCGCUCCUCCUAAGCGACCGCAAAUGCCCACCCGCCACCAGGCGCCAACCGCCGCGGCAUCGGCAAAACCUUGGGACUGGGUCAAGACGAAAUCCAAAGCGGAUUAUUCGAGGGCGAAUACGGAUGCGUGGGAUCGUGCGAGACCACACACCAGGCCAACUCAGCCCAGUGCUACAACUGGGGGCGCUAGCGCCAGUGCUCGCCCACCAAAAGUACCCCCGAGGGAGCCCCCAACCCCGCGGACGGCAUCGCAGGCGAGGCGGCAAGAGGCCUCGUUUGGAACUAGGAAGACGGGUUAUGCUCCCGGCUCACCUAUGGGAGACGAGCCGCCCGUGAAGAACCCACACUACAACACUGCGGGAGCCUCCGCAAGUGCUCAAACUACUUCUCAGCCGAGCAGUAGGUCGCGACCAACCUCUGCUUAUGUGGAUCCCCUGAGUGCUCAGUUUGGCGACGCCUUCAUGGACAACCGCCAAAGCACACCCUACGCCGCUAAUGUCGGCGAGAAAACCAACCCUUUCGAGCCCCUCAACGUGAACCGGGCCAAGAGCAUGAGGGAUAAUGGGCGAAGAUUCCAAGAGGGCGCACAAGAAGCGGCACCGGCCCCACCCUCCCGUCAACGUAGUGCCAGUACGGGAUCUGAAGGCUUCAAGAGGACCGCAAACCCUGGGUCGGGUGCCAAUGAGCAGUCGCAACAACAACAGCACCAACAGCAGCAACCGCAUUCUACAUUUCACUACCAAUCCCGCGCCAGCGCCCGCUACAGCCCUCGCGGCGCCGAAACGGAUUCUGCUCCUACGACUGCUACUUUCCAAGACGCAGCCAGCUCCACUUCAUCCGUCAACAGUGCUAACGGUAAGAUAACUCACUCAUCGCUUACACACAUGGAACCAGCUCGCCCUGCCACCUUCGCCUUUCCAGCUUACUCUCACUACCAAUCUUCUCAAGAUACUACUACCCGUUCGGCUCCUAGUGGAGAGAAACGGGACAAACAAGACAAACGGGGUUCUGGCGCUACUGGGUUUCAGGACAAAUUGCAUGCGCAGUUGCAGCAGUUGUUGAGUGAAACGUGGCCGCCCGUCACCGCCACGAUGCCAGCCAAAAAGCCUUGGGUCGCCAAUAUGACUGACGACGUUUACACCCUUAGCUCCUCCGGCUCCGGUACCGACCCGAACGCGUCGACGAACCACCACCCGCGCUUCUCCCGAAACAGCGCCGAUAACAUCAACACGCGAUUUGUGGGGGAGGAGAAAGGUGGUUCUUCUAACUUCCAGUUUAGCGCAGGCGCCACCGGUUCCGCCGACGACAGCUUCCUCCGGGCCAAGCACCGCGCUCGCGGGCACCAAUCGCCGCUUAGGAACGAAUUCACGGCGUCGGCCGAGUCGGCUAACGGUGCUCAGCACCAGGCAGAGGCCGCCAAGAAGCAGGGCGAUUUUGAUGCCGAGCAAUGGGCGGACAAGUUCGGGCCCCAUGUCUUCGUGCCCGCGCAGCCUGGCAAGCCGUCGACGUCCCCGACUCGUCCCAUCCGGCCCAUCAAGAAGCCGCGUCCGGUCCGGGUGACUGCGGGUGGUGCCGCGGGUAUGGUGGAUGAUGAAGAGACUAGCGGCGAGGACAAAGGAAAGGCGCGCGUUUCGGGCGCCUCCACGAACGGGAUCAACGGGUCCAGGAGCCCUAACGCCAUGGACAUCGACACUCCGCCUCCGGAGCCUGCUGAUGCGCAACAGUCUGACAGCCCCAAGACUGCCAACAGUGCCGCUGGCCCUCGCAACAUCCCCGUCGAGCCGACGAAGCCCGAGUGGCGGCCCGGCAAUGGCGUCACAGCCGAACCCAAGCUCGGCUCGAACCUCAAAAUGCCCAACAUUGCACCCACCGCAGGGGGAUCCGAAGAUGCCGACGAUUUCUCACGCCCGAUCUUUGCCGAGUUCCGCAAUGUCGAGCCGUUUGCAGCACCCAAGGCCACCGGUCUCGGCUCCCUAAACGAUCUAUCCUCCAACCUGCCCUUCGCCUCGCGCGCGUCGAACAAAAUCCCGAUCAACCUCACCCACCACCAAGACCACGCCUCGUCCUCCUCCACCAAACCCCUCGAUAUCCCCACUCCGCCCUCGGCGCCGCGCGCUCCGCCGUCGUUAUGCAUCCCCGGUGCCAAGUUCUCCGCACCCGCCUGGCGCAACUACGAAACUGAGUUCGAGGCCUACAUGGUGGCGUGGUUUGCCUUCAACCGGCGUAUGACGGAUCAUUUCGCGGCGCGACAGCGCAGGAAUGAGGAAGGCGGGCUGGAUUGGCUGAACGCGCAGGGCGACGGUGGUGUGAAUGAGUAUGUGCGCGCACUGGAUCAGGACCGGUAUGUGCGUCAGAAGUGGAUGGCGGCGUGUGAGAAGCAUGAGCUGCAUUUUAGGGAGUUCAUGCAGGUGCGCGACAGGUUGUUGGCGGCGAGGUGA